AUGGCGGCUCCAUUUGCCAAAGGAAUAAGUACGGCCACGAAACGAGCUCGUUCGCAGGACAGCAUUAGAAAGUCCGAAACUCCCCCAGUCGCUAAGGCUUCGAAAGUAGACGAGCCGCCAGAGCCAACUAUCCCUGCCUUUUUGCGUCAAUCAAAAAUUGAUAUUAACGCCAAAUUCAGUGAGUUGAAUUGGCAGGAAAAGUUGCGCAUCAUGCAAGGGCGCAACGACCCAGACUCACCCUGGACCCAAGAUUCGCAUAUCUCUGUGCUACAAAGAAAUCGCUACACUGGUGUUCAGCCAUGGGACAAAUCGCGCAUCCGGCUGAAGGUUGGGCAGGGAAUGCUAGAUUACAUCAACGCCUCCCCAAUCGCAUUGAAGGACCCGGGUACCGGUCUCGAAACUAGAUUUAUUGCAACUCAAACUCAGGAGAUUGCUGUGAUCGUCAUGCUCACUCCAACUGAGGAGCAAGGUAGAGAAAAAUGCUUUCAGUACUUUCCACUCGAUGCAGAAGCAAGUCCGUUUCAGAUCAAAGCCAACGGUCACCCUGAUAGCCCAGAAGAAGGCAGAGUUUCAUUUGUAGAAUUGCAGCAGCAGCAAGGCGAACACACCCAAAUACGGAAACUUCAUUUGACUUUUGGUGAUGAGACUAAAGUCGUUUGGCAUCUUCUAUUCACAGCCUUCCCAGACUUCGGUGUGCCAGAAGAUGAAGAUCGUGUGGAGCUAUUGGAUCUUAUCAAAAUUUCAUCAAGGAUGAACUCCCAUCCCCAGAAUCCGAGGACCAUUCACUGCAGUGCCGGCGUUGGCCGCUCCGGCACAUUCAUCGCACUUGAAUACUUGCUCGCCCAAGUGGAGUCCGGUGCAAUUGCCAAAGUCGACGCAGAAGAAGACAUAAUUUUUGAUCUCGUGCAUCAAUUAAGGGAACAGCGCAUGUUGAUGGUUCAAUCUGAAAUGCAGUAUCAAUUUUUGUAUGAUGUGGUUGCCGAAGAGUGGGCAAAGAAGAUCUUUGCAAGUCAAAUGUCAGAACAGCCGUCACCAAAGCUUAUGAAACUCAAUGAUGGAAUCAGAAUCGCAGUCCUAGACGAAAUCGAUGUUUUGCAGGCUCCCGGAACACCGAAUAUUGAGAUCCAUGACACUGCCGAUGGCCAGACUGAACAAGCUAGUUCUGAAGACACUUUCAAACCCACGAUGCCCGCAUCAGAACCCGAGCUUCAAUGGAGUGGGGCGAAUGACAAUACACCCGAAGUCGCAAAAAGUGAAAGCAAUAACACAGGAGAAGGUUAG